UAAACUUUUUUGUGGCACACAUGUAAGUAGUAACUUUUUUUUAAGUUGCAUAGGGGUCUUGGUUCUCCUUCUCCUCGCGCCGCCUCUACUCACUCUGGCUCACCGCCCCCCUGGAUCUGGUUCUCAGAAGGCAGACGAGAGAGCAGACGAGAGGGGGGAGAGUUGCGGAGCAGCGGAAAGGGGUCGCCAAUCACGACCCUAUCUUCGAUCCGUACGGCGACGGUCAUCGCGACCCCCGCGAAUUGCUCCGUCGCGGCGUCAUCCCGUGAACCAGGUGACACUGAGAUACAUGCUGGUGGGGUUGUGUUGAUUGGGUGGAUUGCAGUAAACAUAUCACCUUAGUAUGUCAGAAAAGCAGGAGUCCAUGGCAAAGCUUCUGCCUGACGAUGUGCUUACAAUCAUCCUCCGUUGUCUUGCGCCACAUGACCUUGCCAUGUCUCGCUGUGUCUGCAAACUCUGGUGCACCAUCAUCGACACUCAUCGCAUGCUGCGUGUGGACCUCCUCCCACACUCAGUAGGCGGCAUAUUCAUCAACUUUCAUGAUCUAGGCUUGUCAGAAUUCUUCGCCCGCCCCUCGACAGGCCCCACAAUAUCUGGCAACAUCAACUAUUUGCCUCUCACAUCCAUAGUUAGGGGCCACUGCAAUGGGCUCCUCUUGCUUUACAGCCAUAUCAGUCGUCCCGGCAUGAAGCAGUUUUAUGUGGUUAACCCGGCUACAAGACAGUGGGUGCAAUUGCCUCCACCUCCAAGGCCUGAUAUUGGGAUCAUGCACUUAGACAAUUUGUACCUUGCCUUUGACCCCACCUUGUCGUCACACUUUGAGGUAUUUCAAAUCCCCUAUGUUGAUGUCUUCCGCCAUCGCUCUGAGUUGAAUCCUGCAAUAGAGGGAAUAGAAUGGCCACCGUCAACAUGCGUUCUGCAUGUUUUCUCAACAAGGACAAGGCAAUGGGAGGAGAGAUCAUUUGUUCGAGAAGGGGAGGCUGCAGGAUCUUUGGCUAUCAUACGACGAGAUUUUCCAAAUUUUCUGCACAAUGCUGUCUACUGUCGGGGAGUACUUUAUGUACGCUGUCAAACCAACUUUGUAAUGAGAAUAUCUUUGUCAGAUGGCAAGUAUCGAAUAAUUAAACCACCAGUAGAGAUUGAACGGUACGAGGAGUCAAAUAUUUAUAUGGGACUAUCACAGAAGAGGGUGUACUGUACAUUCUUUGAUGAUCCAGACAUAAUUUAUAUUCUUGAUGAAUCGUACGGAAAAAUGGAGUGGGUGCAGAAGAACGCUAUUAGCUGUCUGGUCAUACAUGCAUUUCAGCAAACUGAUGGGCCCUGGACCUUACAAGAUAUAACUAUCAUGAAUAUCCUGAUGCGUACGGACAUGACAACAGUGAGGCAAUAGAGGAACAAAACUUUGAUUGGGACUCUGACAAUGAUAAUUUUAUCAACACUACAGACGAAAGAAAUUUGCGCUACGGUAGAAUUACUUUUCUAGGAUUUCACCCUUACAAGGAAGUUGUUUUCUCAAGUCACUCAUUGAGCCGAGGACUGGCAUACCACUUAAAUACCAUGAAGUUUAGAGGCUUUGGCAAGAUUCAAGACUUGGGCAAUCUUGGCCCAAAAUAUUAUGGAGGAUGUAUGGGUAUCCAACCAUUCAUUGAAGAGUCUUUUCUGUGCACACCUUGGAUGGGAGAGUUCCCAAAGGACAUUAAUUAAGAUCUCAUCUUGAAGAUUACUACACAAUGAAUAUGGCAUAUUGCCUUACUGUCAUUCAGGACAAGUAUCUCAAGCCAUGAAGUAUCUUUUGAUAGCUUGUAUCGCUGAGCUUCUCGAGUUCUUGUAAUUUAUCUGCUGUCGGAAUAUUAUGCAAGUUAAGAGUCCAUUAAUCGUCACUGGACCUACAUCAACACUCAGUAAGGAGUCAUUAGAUGGUACUAAUUACAGAGCACGGUGCAUGGUGUUACGAUUUGCGAGAGCUUCUGCUGUGUGCAAUGCUAUAUGCUUUCUGUAAUGCAAUGCCAGAUGUUCCAAACCAGUUAUGUUUAUUUUAUGUGUGUUACUCCCCUGUCCUAAAGGAGAUUACCUCUACAUUAAUGUUAAGUACUGCAAAUCUAGAUGGACUGGUAAUAUUUGUCUCUCUCUCUCUCUAUGUGUGUGUGUGUGUGUGUGAUAGGCCAUAUACUGUGGAGCGGCAUGCUUGUGGCAGAUGAAUAGCUAAUAGAGUAAUCUGUGUGAAAAGUUCCAACCUUUGACAUUAUAUGAAGAAGGUUUUGUAUAA